UAUAUAAAAUAUAUAAUAAUAUUUUACCUCAAAAUUGUCACCUGAUUAUAAUGUUAACCAAAAUUACUCAUUUCCAAACGUUCAGGGUUCAGAGAUAAUGAAUAGUUUGUCUUAUGGAGUAACAUACUUAUUUUUCAGAGGAUUUUAAAUAAAAUUAUUUUCCUCUUCCUGUCAACAUUAUUUAGGGAUUUUUCUAAUCUAUAUUGUAAAUUACGUAUGACUUUUAAAAAUUUACCCUUUUUUAACGUUGGUUUGCUUCUGAAAAAAACCUUUCUUGGGAAAGGUGAUAACUCUCAGCCAAAGAGACCCUUUAAAAAAAAAAAAAAAAGCUGAAAUUAAUCGCAACUAUUCCUAGACAGUUUAGAAUUUUGUUUUGGGGGGUUUUGUUGUUGUUAUUGUUGUUUUUACUAAAUUUAUUAUGCCAAAUUUAGGUAACUGGGAAAGAGAUGAGAUGCAGGAAAGGGACUUUUAGAAAGAGGUAACUCAGGUGGAAUGGGUGAAAAAGAAGUGUGAGCAUAGCUUCCAAACUGUAACUUAAAUUUACUUUAUUCUUUUCACCUAGCCCAUUUUGACACUAGAGGGACUGAGCACACAAAUUGACAUAAAAUUUUUAUUAUGACUUUAUUUAAAAAUAAAAUCUGUUUCUUUGUUUUAUGGAUUAAAGAAUAAAUAAAUCACUGCCUGUCACAUAGUUUGAUGCAUCAAGGUGUCCGGUAUUCUAAUCCUUUUAGUGUUUAAUCUCUCUUUUUCUCACCAGUGAGAACUGAGCUUUAAUUUCAUAUUAUUUUCAUAUUAUCUUACAUAGUCUAAGGCAACCCUAUGCAAUUUCUAAGCUAUCACCAAACUACCUGCACCACUUCUGCCUUCCUUGCACAACACCUUCUAUCUUCUGACUCUUGCUUCUUUGUUUUUUUCACAUUAAUAUCUGCUUUUUGAGGUCUUUCUUGUUGGUAUUCUUUGUUUAGCUUAAUGCCUAAACUCAUUUCAUUUUAUUGAUUUCAUUUCUACCCAUACUUACUUUCCCUUCAAACUUUAGCUCCAUUCUGACUCACCUCAUUUUAAGCUUGUUACUAAACUUUUCCUGGUUUCAGGUAAUAUUUGAAGUCGCUUUCAUUUUCUAUAACUCAUCUCCUCUAUUCUUUUACCCUUUGUUUCUUAAAAAUUUGCCAUGUUUUCCUAAAAUAAACUUCUAUUAUCUACCACCUAGUUUACCUUCUUUCUUUGUAAUUUCUUGAUCUUCUCAUAUCCUUCUCAUUCUCUGUACCUCUUUUCACUAUCAUUUCAAAGACUAGUUAAAAAAUUCAGAGUGUGAAUGAAAGGUAGGUAGUAAAAAAUAGUUGUAUAGUCAUUUGGCAGAUGAUAAGGAGAGACCUGUUCCUUUCUUGACCACUGCUUAAGGACUAAGGGCCAUCUAAAUCCUAUUUACCCUUAAUACUAGUCUUCCUACAAUAGCAAAAGCAUGGCAGUAUUCCAAGAAUACUGUCUGAACAUAGCUUAUACCUUCUGGGAGCUUCUCAUUUUAGAAUUGGAUACUUAAAACAUUUAUAUGAAAACAGAACUAAAACUUUCUAGCUCAGACUGAUUCUAUAAAAGCAGGAGAUGCAAACAAAGUACAGCACUAGUUGUUGAAUGUUAAGAGAAAAUUUAAAACAAAUCCUUUGCCCAUAGAAUUUUUUAGGAAAUAAGAAAACUGAGAGGUUCAUUAAAAAUUAUAUGUUUAUGAGGUAUCUACUAUGUGCCAGGCAGAGACAAAAUUGAAACUGCCAUCAAGAUUAUAUGUUGUGGGGAAGGGAACAACAUGUGAAUGGAAAAUUAAAUAAAAAUGCAGGGUGUCCUAAAAAGUUUAAUAAGAUUCCUAAAUCUUCUUGGUAUACUUUGCAUAUACAAAGUAAUUUCUGGGUGGAGGAGCCCUACAAAGGGUAUGGGCAGGGACAAAUAUUCCUGUAAUAGGUGGCACUUGAGCCAAAAUUUGAGAACUAGGGAUUCUACAAGAUAAUUAUAAUGCAUAGUAUUAUAUGAAUGAACAAGAAAAAUGCAAAAUGGUGCUGUUAAGUUUUUUGGAAGUUGUAACCAAAAGUGAAUGCUUCAUGGAAGAGAGGUUGCAUUUAAGUUGGAUAUUUAAGGCUAAGUAAAAAGUCAUCAAGUUACAAUUUCAGGAAUAAGGAAUUUUCUGGCACAGAAUUCAGAAAAUAAAGUUUGUUCCAAGGCCAGAGAAUAAGCUAGAGCAUAGAGUACAUUUAGAGAAUAGAAAAGUCAGGUUAUUACAAAUUGUGAAAAAUCUUGAAUGCCAGGCAACAUCCAAGAAAAAAAAAAGGAUUUAAAACUAGAGAUAAGUGUAUAUACUGCUAGCUAUAUGUACAAGUAUCUUUAUAUUUUUAAUAUAUUUUUUGCUAUCAGUGAUUUGAAAAUCAUGAGGGUAGAAUAAUCACAAAUAAUUUUUAUGUAAUAUUUCCCUUAUCCACAUAAGCUCAUUAUGCUUUACAUAAUUAAUCAAAAGGAGGAAAAGUGAAUAGUAAAAUCUUCAUUAGCACAUUGCUCUAAAAAUUCUGGUUAAAUCAGUUAACCAGAAUCUCCCGUUUUAGUUUCAAGCCUUACUGAAAUGCACUCUUUCUGUCUUAUUAAGAGGACUAUAAUUGUCUUAGUAAUUUUUUUUCUUAAUUCUGUGGCAUUCCAGUUUAUUUUCAAAAUCAGAUGUCAUUCAUUUUUUUUAAAUAUAAAGGGAUGGAGAUUGGGCUAAAUGUAUACUUACCUCCAAGAUGAAUAAUUUGAGAUUAUUUAAUUUGACCUUGAGAUGUUAGAAGUCAAUCUUGUGUUUCGUUUCAAAGGAUCCCAUAAUACCAAAAAAGGGGAGGGGGGGCAACUACUUCCCUCCCUCCUCCACUCUUUAAUAGGAGUGAGGGAAGGUAAGUGAAAGUGAGAGAAUAAAUAACUUUAAUCAGUUCUGUCUUCAUAAAAUUAAAAAUGCCCUCUUUAAUUAGUUUUUCUUAUUUUAAAAGAGAAUAAAUCCAAGGUCUGUAAGGUUCCCAUAUUUUAAGAAAAAAGAUUUAUAAGCGUUUCAGAAAUAUUCUUGGAUGAUAUUUUGGGAUAGAUUAAAAAGGGAGGGUAUAAAGCAGUGACCCAGAGCUUAUGUCUGUGUCUGAAUGCAUGUGCACAGCUAUGCAAACUAAUUUUGCUAUUUCUUAAAGGAGAGUGGAGUUGAUAGAUAUUUGGAGCUUUGGGGGCAUAUUAUUACAUUUUGAAGUGAUUUAUGGAGAAAGUUGAUCAGAGAUAGCUCCUUAGCUGAGUUGCUGUCUGCAUAGGCUGUUAACAAUUGUUUCUCUGGCAGCAGAUCUUGUUCAUCAGGAUUGCAUCAUCUCUGGGAGAAUGGCCAAGGUCCGCAGCCCCGGUACAAAGACAGUCUGAAGCAGAUGAGGCCUGUUCUUUUUCUGAAGCGGCUCUCCUCUUCCUGCCAGUCCUCUUCACAGCAUUACUGAAGCACAGUUGUUCUGAAUUUCUUUCAUUGGAUUGGCUCUUCACUGGACUCUAUCUCCCAGCUGCUUCCGGCUCACCUGGCUGAUGCAAUUUCUUUCUCUGAAAUCUCUGUUGGAAUUGCUCUUAUAACACUUUAUAUUUGUUUUCUCUGGGAGUGGCCAGAAAGAUCAUGAGUUUUGUACAUUGAGUAAGUCAUGUCAGAAUGGCAGUAGCUGAGGCUAUUAACCAAUAAGGAAGAAUCCUGUUCUAAAAGACAGGGGCAACUAUCAACAUAUUCUGGCCUGUAUUUAUAACUGCCUCCCUCAGUAUGAUGACUCCUCGAGAGUGCUCAGUCCUAAGAGAUGUGCUGGUUCUGCAAUCGGAUCAGACAACUGCCUGUGUCUCCGUGUGGAUUCUGAUGGAUUCUUCCGGGAAUAGUGAUGCUGAUGAGAAGUUCAGCUUCUGCUGCAGUCAUGUUACCUUUCCUAUAUACCCAUAUGCUCCCUUUCUAUCUCCUUUUCUCUGUUCUAUAUUCUUUUUAUCGCUUAUCAUACAUAAAGGAUACUGGUCCUCCGAUGCCUUAUUUUGACCCUGAUUCCAGUACCAAGACAGCAACAAACUCAUCCUAAGUUUCAAGGGACUUCUCCAUGACAGGGGGUCUGCCUUCUGUCACUCUCCCUUCUGCAGUUAGGCAAGAUAAAAUAUGGUAGACGGAGCUGGGGGUGGGCAGAUGUGCUAAUAGUAGUUGAUAUCCUUUUGUCAGCUCUGAGUGAUUUGAUCAAAGAAAAGUGGUUGGGUUUUGGAAAAGGGUAUUAGGCAAAGGAAACUCUGUAGGAUAUGAUAAAUAAAAGGAAAGAUAACCUGGGAAAUGUAGAUGAUACUAAAGAUUCAAACUUAAAGAGAACGUGUUAAUAUACUAGUCAGUGACAAGGUAUAGCAGUUGAUCUUCUCUUAUUUUAGAAUUAAGAUCAUUUCUUUCCUUUUCUUCUUUUGUGCCAGACUUCAUUUAGGAGUAUCACACUGAAGAAUUUAAAAGAAAAUUGUAGCACUACAUUUUGGGCAUAAGGGUAAAUAGAGCAUUAGUGGGUCUGGAAUGGAGGGCCAAGAGGAGUUAAACAAUUCUAUAAUAAAACUAUUAUUUUUUGGAAAGAACUGUCUUGGUUCAGUAUUAUGUCCACCAGUGGCAUUCCUUUCAAUACUAAUUAUUUGUCUGUCAACUUUUUCCAGAUCUUCAGAGGACACUGGCAAAGAGAUUAUUGGAACUUCACAUCUGCUGGUCAAUAUAAAGGAUUCCUAAUGUCCCUGACAUGUUGGUUGAGGCUCUGCGGCUCACCCCCGCUCUCAGAGUGGCCAGUCUCCAUUAAUUGGACCCCGUGAUUUCCAUCUACUGCUGUGUUGGACGUCAUGAGCAUUGCAGUUCCUCUGGGAGUCACCACACCAGAUACAUCCUACUCAGAUAUGGCUGCUGGUUCAGAGGUAUCCUGUCUUGGUAGUGAAUGGAAGAGGGCCUGGCCCCUGGGGCAGUGCAGAAGGCACUUUCAUCAUCUCACUCACUGCAAAUGUCAUGUGAGGUUUCAUGGAAGUAUUAAGAGAUCCAAUUAAGAAGAAUAGUUCUGAGUCUAAACCAGCCCAGAGUGGCUUCUCUAGGGGAAACUCCCCGCUCAGCUGUCCUGAAUCUGUGGAAGCUAGUCCAGCAGUUUGUGAGAAGAACGUGUAUUCCACUCAUAACUAUGGGACCACUCAGAGGCAUGGGUACCGAGGACUACCUUAUGCUGAUCAUAAUUAUGGAGCCCCUCCUCCUCCGACCCCCCCUGCUUCUCCCCCUGUCCAGACCAUCAUCCCUCAUGCAGAGUUGAAUGGCCUCCACUCUCCUGAUGAGGAAAAUUCUGGAGACAGUGAGAGCUCUGAAGGGGAAUCUAUUCCUACCUGGUGUCAUUGUGGACUUUCUCAGGAUGGCUUUCUUCUUAAAUGUGACAAGUGCAGGGGAAUGAGCAGGGGGAAGGUUAUUAGACUUCAUCGGAGGAAACAGGACAACGUAUCAGGUGGGGACAGCAGUGCAACUGAAAGCUGGGAUGAAGAGCUAUCUCCCUCAACUGUGUUGUACACAGCCACACAACACACACCAACGAGUAUCACCUUGACUGUUAACCGGGUCCGAAGAACUAAACCUAAGAAAAGGAAAAAGAGCCCAGAAAAAGGUCGUACAGCACCAAAGACGAAAAAGAUUAAGGCAUUUCGAGAAGGAUCCCGGAAGUCCUUGCGGAUGAAGAAUUCUCCCUCUGAAGCACAUGCUUUAGAUGAGAAUACAACUGAAGGCUGGGAGAAUCGAAUACGCCUGUGGACUGAUCAGUAUGAGGAAGCUUUCACUAAUCAGUACAGUGCAGAUGUACAAAAUCUCCUUGAACGGCAUCUAAAUUCCAGUAAGGAAUUUGUGGGCAAAGCACCUGUCCUAGACACCAUCAAUAAGACUGAACUGGCCUGUAAUAAUACAGUGAUUGGUUCCCAAAUGCAGCUCCAGCUGGGAAGAGUUACUCGUGUUCAGAAACAUCGGAAGAUCCUCAGGGCAGCAAGAGACUUGGCAUUAGAUACCCUUAUAAUAGAGUAUCGAGGGAAAGUCAUGUUACGGCAGCAAUUUGAGGUCAAUGGGCAUUUCUUCAAAAAACCAUACCCCUUUGUGCUGUUCUACUCCAAAUUCAAUGGUGUAGAGAUGUGUGUUGAUGCCCGCACUUUUGGUAAUGAUGCUCGGUUCAUCAGGCGAUCCUGUACCCCAAAUGCAGAGGUACGGCACAUGAUUGCAGAUGGAAUGAUCCACCUGUGUAUCUAUGCAGCCUCUGCUAUCACAAAGGAUGCAGAAGUCACCAUUGCCUUUGAUUAUGAAUACAGUAACUGCAGUAAUUAUAAAGUGGACUGUGCAUGUCACAAGGGGAAUCGGAAUUGCCCUAUACAGAGACGGAAUCCAAAUGCUGCUGCAGAUCCUCCACCCCCACCUCCUCUCAGCCUACUGUCCAUCGGAGCAGAGACAAGACGGCGGAAAGCACGUCGUAAGGAGCUAGAGAUGGAACAGCAAAAUGAUGUUCUGGAUGAGAGCAGUAACCAGCAGCCUGAGGAAGCUCCAGAAGGAGUAACUGUAGCCAGUGAUAAUGAGGACAUAGACAAUCCUGAAGAGAAGCUGGAAGAAGAAACAGAAGAAGCUAUAGAUGAUCAGGGAAUUCUGAGCCCUAACAGGCGGUCUCGAGAAGAGAGGAAGGUUGAAGCAAUCAUGCAUAUGUUUGAAAAUUUAGAGAAGAGGAAAAGGCGCCGAGAGCAGCCACUGGAGAGGGGCCGCCUGGAUGUAGAGGUGACCCCGGGCUCUGAGGUUUCUGUGCUAGAAGAGCCAAAAACGGAGAGCUCUGAAACUGAGGACAGGAGUUCUGCUUUCAGUGUGGCCAUCCCAGGCAUCCCAAAUAGCGUGGGGGUGAAUACCCGGAGGUCUGCCCAAGCAGGGGAUACUGGUACUGAAAAACCUGUCAUCAAGCCAACUCCAUCAAGACCCUCUAGGCCUCGACCCAAAAGUCGAAUUUCUCGGUACCGAACCAGUUCAGCCCAAAGACUAAAGCGUCAGAAACAGGCCAAUUCACAGCAGGUGGAAUUAUCACAGGUUCUUCUGGAUGAAGGAGGAAAUAGUAACUCUGUGACCCCAGCUGAAGUUGGAAGUGUGGACAAUAUAGGAGAAAGCAGGCCAUUGACAGGGUCUGACCCAGCAGUAGUAUUGGCUACUGGUACCCAGGUUAACCGGGCUGCUUUCAAAUACCCUAAAACCAAAAAGUAUCUAGUUACAGAAUGGCUGAAUGAUAAAGCAGAGAAGCACGAGUGCCCCGUCGAGUGCCCCUUACGAAUCACCACGGACCCAACUGUGCUGGCAACAACCCUCAACAUGUUGCCUGGUCUUGUCCAUUCCCCGUUAAUUUGCACCACCCCCAAACACUACAUCCGCUUUGGCUCGCCCUUCAUCCCUGAGAGGCGUCGAAGGCCCCUUCUUCUUGAUGGCACAUUCAGCUCAUGUAAGAAGCGCUGGAUGAAGCAAGCCCUAGAAGAAGGGAUGACUCAAACCUCAUCUGUACCCCAAGAGAAUAGAAUUCAGCAUCUAUACCAAAGCAAUGAGAACAGUAAUUCUUCUAGCAUCUGCAAAGACAAUGCAGACUUACUGAGCCCAUUAAAGAAAUGGAAGUCUCGCUAUCUGAUGGAGCAGAACGUUACCAAGUUACUGAGGCCUCUGUCUCCCAUCACACCUCCGCCUCCCAUCCCUUCCAUCCCCAGCUCGCAGAGCCCACAGCUUACCGUACCCUGCUCGACCCUUCCAGGAGAGGAGGAAUGUCGGAAUGGAUAUGGCCUGAUGUUCUCCCCAAUCCCAUCUCUUGCUACUAGUCGCUGCAAUACGCCUCUGCAGUUUGAGAACAUAUCCUCCCCUGAGAGUUCCCCUGCGCAUAGGCCCGAGUCCCUGUCACCCGAGCUUGGUCUCCGGACAGACCUGGAUUUGGCAAAGGUAGGAUACCUUGAGCCUAACACUAACAACUGCCUGGAGAGACAAGUCUUGCUCAACUCAGGUCAAUCUGACCUGACCUCUCAGCCCUCCAUCCCUCCCACGUCCGAGAGCAGCCACCAAGGCAAUAAUGGAGAUGGACCACAGACCCUUUUAAGGAAUUCAGACCAGGCCUUUCGGACAGAAUUUAAUUUAAUGUAUGCCUUCUCACCUUUGAACGCUAUGCCUCGAGCAGAUGGACUGUUGCGAGGUAAACCUUUAAAUUCUGAUGGGAGGUAUUGCAGCUCUCCUGCAGAAGGGUAUUCCAGCAGACAUGAACACAGUCUAAUUAAAGAUAUAACUCGUGGAUCAAUGUCACCUUGUGGUGAGAAGGCCAAUGAUGGAGUCAAGCCUGCCCCCCAGAACCCACCACAAAGGAAAAAGGUGUCUUUGCUAGAGUACCGUAAACGGAAACAGGAAGCCAAGGAGAACUCUUUGAAUUUGGGAGGUGACUCUGUACGGUGUACAGGGACUCCCACCCGGCAAGGCAGCAAUAGCUCAGUGUCUGACACUGAAACCUAUGGUGUCCAGGGAUCUUUAGCCCGAGCCCCAUCCUCCCCUCACAGGGGCUUCUCCCCAUCCCAUUCCUCUGUCCCCCCAGUGGAUGAUGUAAGCCCUACAGACCCCAGGGGUACUACUUCCUCAUCUCACUGCAGACCUCAAGAGAAUAUCAGCAGUAGGUGGAUGGUUCCCACAUCUGUGGAGCGUCUCCGAGAGGGACGGGGCAUUCUGAAAAAGGUCCUGCGCAGUAGUAGCAGUGUGAAGGUAUCGCAGAAAGAGGAGCCCUCCCCGGCCUGGGAGAACGUUGCUGAGAAAGAAUCAGAUCCUGCAGAGGGAGAAGGCCCAGAGGUAGCAAGCUCUGCUCUCUCUAAGGGAUCGUCUGUUUAUAGCCCUUCCAGAUAUAGCUACCAGCUCUUACAAUGUGACAGUCCACGGACAGAGUCACAGAGCCUCCUUCAACAGAGUUCUUCCCCCUACAAAGGACACCCCACGCAAUCUCCAGGAUACAGUUACCGCACUGCAGCACUGAGGUCUGGAAACACCCCUUCCCACAGUUCUUCGGAAUCCUCCCUUUCUUCUACAUCCUAUUCCAGCCCUGCUCACUCCGCACCCACAGACUCACUGGGACUCUUUGCUGGGACACCAGGGUAUUACAACAGCCAGCCACAUUCUGGAAGCAGCAGUGUCCAGAAGAGGAGCUGCCCCUCUGCUGCUGCUAGUCCUCCCCCACCAGGCCCCUCAGACUCUCUUUCCUCAGACUCUGUUUCUCAGUCCAGCACAGGAACCUGGAGUUCCACCUCUUUCGCCCAAAAUUCUAGGUCGUUGCCAUCAGACUUACGGACUAUCAACCUGCCCAGCUCUGGACAGUCAGCUACCUUCCAGGCCUCCAGGGUAUCCACAGUUUCCAAUUCACAGCAUUACCCACACCGUGGUAGUGGGGGGGUGCAUCCAUAUAGACUACAGCAGCUGCAGGGGUCUGGAGUAAAAACUCAGACAGGACUUUCCUAGGGCUUCUGGAUUUGGGCAAACUGAACUAAAUAAGCCCAUAGCUGCUUCCAAUGGCCUCUGGAUCCUGGGCCAGGCAUGUUGCUGUGGAGGGGAAUGUAGGGUGCCAGAGGAUUGGGUCUGGAUGAUGAGAGCAAGACUUGUGAGCAUUGUUGGCCUCUAGCCUUGGAGGAAGAUGUAAAUCUUGUCUAAAGUGGAGACUGUAAAGAAGUUUCUCCCUGCUGUAGGGUACAUUGUUGAAAAGCCAAUGGUGUUUCAGUUAAUAACGGUUCUAAGUGCAAUGACUUGUGUCAAGCCUCCAUCUCCCAGUGUGCCCAUAACCUGUAGUCACUUUUUGCAGUGAGGACAUCUUUUUCGAUUUGAAAACCAUUAUGGGAAAAAAAAUAAGGGGAAACAAAAUUUACAGCCAUCUGAAUAGGGUCAGGUUCUCAAAACACUCAUGGAAAGUGGGCAUUCCUCCCUUAAAUGAUCAUUCCAGUCACCAACAAAUCUAGCCAAGAUUUGUCAGCAGAAAACAAAUGCUUCCUUUCUUUUAUCCUAGAGUCAUCAAGAAAUGGGUAGUUGGGGAGGGGGGAGGGGCUUGGAGCAUGUGUUGUGAUUAAGGGAUGUCUCCUCUAAAGAUGAGGCUACAGCCAGCUCUGGAUUAUUCAGGGGUUGAUUAUCCAUUCUCUGCUGCUGUUCACCUCUCUCCCCUUAAGUCCCUUCUUAGCCAUUCAUAAUUCAUUAACCUCUCCUCCGGUGGGUAGAAAGAGAAUUCAGAUCUGAUCGGCCACUUAUGCUACUACAUAACAGGUCCUAAUAAGUUUUUAUCAGGAAGGAGACUGGAAUUUAAUAUGGUUUGGGGAUCAUCUGAAUCUUAAAUUUUUCCUGUCCCCCAUGUCUGAGAGGAUCUGAAAUUAGCUGUCACAUUCAGUGCAUUUGUGUAACGGGGAGAUUGCUCAAUGGGAUGUGUCCCUGAAUGGGUAAUGUGCAUUUGUGACAGCAGGGUUCGCUCUGUCACUUCCAACCCUUGGAUUGCAUGUGGGUGUCAUGCAUUUCUUUAGGGGAGGGUUGAUGGUGGGGGCAGGGUUGCCCCUAUGAGGCUGCAUAUAGGCCCAGGCACGUCCGUGCUGUCUGGGGUCAGCAUGUGAGCAGCCUGAAUGCCCCCCGUUCAGGCCUUGUGCCUGCUAUAGACCCUUGGGGGAGCUCUGGAGCCGGCCUGCGUGGGGAGCACAAUCGUUAAAUUCCAUACAGUCGCUAGCUUAUUUCUUUCACUUGUUUACGGUAAUAUCUGGCGUGUUUUUAUUUAUCUAAUUUUAUAUUCAGUUAUAACCAUAGUAGGUUUAGCUAAUAUACAACAGGUAUAAUCCCUGGUGCUGCAGUGGACCUUCUUUUCUUUUGGACAGGAUAAUACUGUGAGUCUCCCUCCAUAUUUCCUCCCACCUCCUUCCCCACCUCUCUUCCACUUUCUUUUUCUCUUCCCCUUCUCCACAACUAUCAUAUGCACAGUCUUCUCUUUUUGUGUGUGACUGUUACAAAAUUUCACUAUUUCCAAAAUUGAAAUCAGGUGUUUGCUCAAAAAAGGGGAAGAUUUUUUUUUUUAAAUUGAAACAUCAAAGUACUUCAUUCCCCUACAAGAGCCCAUCAGUCUGGGAGAGCAUUGGGAAUGAGAAUCAUGUCGCCUGGGAUGCUGGUUUCUUUGUAUAUUAUAUAAAAUGUGUGUAAAUGCCUCUCCGUUUGGGCUGGGGUUUACAUUCUCCUCUUCACAGUGAGCAGAGGAGAGAGCAUAGUUGGCAGGCUGUCUUGGACCUGCCUGGCACAUGCAGAAGCCCCAGCCACUCUGUGUGGGCAGGGUGCUGUAGAGACCAGACCUCCUAGGGGAUGGGGAGGGGGGUGGGGGGGAAGAACUCUUGGAAGGAAAGAAGUGUCACUUCUUUCUCAAGUGGAGUGUUUACACCUUGCUGUAACAUUUGAACUUUCACAAGAGAUGUAAUAAUUUUUAUAAUAAAAUACUUACCUUGAUAAUCAAAA